AUGCCUCAAGAAAGUCUAUUCUCUUCUCACAGUCAUAACGACGUUUCGUCGGUAAAGUCUACAGGAUCUACAUCUUCGUUGACUUCACAUUUUUUUGGGAAGAAGAAGCAUGGUCUUGGAUUUGCAAAACUCUUUCGAGGGAACAGUCAUUCUUCAACGGGGGAAUCGGGCAAAGAUUUCUUGGGGAAUUUAUUGUCACCAAGGCAAAGUAAUUCUAGCUCAAAAUCACAAGACUCGAAUCCACGUGCAGUCUCAUGUGUACCGAUGAUGGACCAUCCCCAUUUGAGCCAGCCGCAUGCCCAUCAUUUGCAUAAUCCUCAUAAUUACAACCACAAUGAAAAUGCCAAGAUAGCGACCCAUAGCAAAUCCGAAUCGCCUCAUUCCAUACAUGUCCUAAAGACAGUUCCGUCCCCAAAGUCACAUAUGCAUCCUGUUCAGUUGCUGCAGAAAGAGAUCGAGGAACAACAAAUGCGAUUGGCUCCACCUAAGCUUGCUCAUGAUAAGAGUAAGAAGAAGUCGCUACAGUUGAAGAGAUUUUUCAAAAAAUUGCAUGGAGAGGAAACACCUGCUGGGCAGCAUGAUUCUUCAUCUGUGGCGGUCGUAAGUGAUCUGCACACGAAUCCGAAGACUAUUUAUGAAACUGAUGACGCUCGGGAAUUGAUCGAAAAAUAUGGAAUUCCAGGGAAGUUGAUAGGUGAAGGCGCAUCGGGCUCUGUUUCUGUUGUCGAGAGGAUUGAUGGCAAGAUGUUUGCAGUGAAAAGGUUCCGUGCGCGUGGGCCCAGAGAAAGCCAAAUUGAGUAUUCAAAGAAAGUCACUGCUGAAUUCUGUAUAGGUUCUACCCUUCACCAUCAAAAUAUUAUCGAAACCUUAGAUAUGUUACAAGAGGGAUCCAAUUUCCUAGUUGUCAUGGAAUAUUGUCCAUACGACUUUUUUACGCUGGUAAUGAGUGACCUUAUGACCAGGCAUGAGAUUGCAUGUUAUUUCAAGCAAAUUUGUAAUGGUGUCAAUUAUUUGCAUGAGAUGGGCUUGGCACACAGAGAUUUGAAGCUCGAUAAUUGUGUUGUCACUAGUCAAGGAAUAUUAAAGUUAAUCGAUUUCGGAAGUGCCGUCGUUUUCCAAUACCCUUAUGAGAAAGAAAUUGUUAAAGCAAAGGGCAUCGUUGGAUCAGAUCCAUAUCUGGCGCCAGAGUUGCUUACAUCUACCACAUACGAUCCAAGACCGGUUGACGUAUGGUCAAUUGCAAUUAUGUUCUAUUGUAUGUCUUUGAGAAGAUUUCCAUGGAAAGCUCCUCGGGACAAAUUCCAAUCAUUCAGAUUGUUUUGCGAGGAACCAGAGCAUGAUAAGGAUCUUCAGAAGGGACCUUAUAGACUAUUGAAGCUAUUGCCUCGUCACUCCCGUAGUCUCGUCGGUCAAAUGCUGGAGCUUGAUCCAAAGAAGAGAAUAUUAAUGUGUGACGUCGUGACAAACUCUUGGUUUGAGCACAUUGAGUGCUGUGAGUUAGAUGAAAGAGGAACUUUAAAGCAUAUUCCUGAUACGCAUAAGCAUCAUUUGAUUACGGAGGAUGAGUUGAAUGAAUUAAAUACCAAGAGAGAGGAGGAAGCAAAAAUCGCGAAGUUGAGAAAUGAAGAAGAAGAUCACAUGGACCACACCAAUGUUGCAGAGGCUUUGAAGUCGAAUGAGGAAAAGCAUAUACAAGAAGAAUCUGCCAAGGCAGCUUUGUUACGCCAAGAGGAGAGUUUAAACAAUUUGAAGACUUUGCCACCAUCUAAGGAAGAUCAGUCCAGAACUGCGACUACCGACAUAAGUUACACAGAGGGUCUCAAUUCAUUUCAUGGUGAAGUAGACUCCACUGGAGACGCUGAAAAGCACGCAAUAUGA